AUGAGCAGCAUGACGAGUGCAACGCAACGUCUUCAACCUAAGCGUCAAACUCUUGAUGAAGCCUAUGCACCGCCAGCAAAUUUUCUGGAGAUUGAAGUCGUUAAUCCAAUCACUCAUGGCGUCGGCAAGAUGCGUUAUACGGACUACGAAAUUAGGCUACGGUCCAACUUGCCGGUGUUUAAACAGAAGGAAUCAAGUGUGCGCCGACGAUACAGCGAUUUCGACUGGCUUCGUGGUGAACUAGAAAGGGAUAGCAAGAUUGUUGUCCCUCCACUUCCGUCAAAGUCGUUGAAGAGGCAGCUUCCAUUCCGUUCCGAUGACGGAAUAUUCGAAGAGGAGUUUAUCGAAAAUCGUAGAAAGGGCUUAGAAAUCUUCAUAAAUAAAGUUGCUGGACAUCCGUUAGCACAAAACGAGCGCUCAUUGCAUAUCUUCUUGCAAGAACCGAUGAUCGAUAGGAAUUACGUGCCUGGUAAGAUUAGGCCAACAUGA